UUGGCCCAGGGAAAACUAUUCGUUGUUGACAAUUAGAUAACGCGCCAAAACUAACUAGCCUUCCUUUCCUCACUGUACCUUUUAUAAUUACUGACGGAGCAAUAUGAGUUGGUGUCUCCCAGGAAAUCUCAACAGCUUGGUGGAUGUGUUAGGGGUGAUUUGUGACACGUAAUUUUUGUCUGUGUUCAAGCUCUUGCCAGAAUACUUUGUUACACUGACAACCUUAUCACUUGAACAGUGAACUGCUCCAGUUAUUUGUUCUUUGUAGGGGAGAUCAUUCAACUCUAAAGUCUGUAUACAUUUUCGGAGAGCUGAAACCGCUAAUUGUGAUUUGGAUAAAAAUUUACGGCAUUACUGGAGACAAACCCUUACUAUCAAAAAAAAAAAAAAAAAAAUGCAUCAAAGGAAAGUUUGAAUAUGUCAUUUAUCUUCUAUACACCCAAACGUGGUUGUUUAUAUCCUAAGACUUGAUCAAUGGUAAUUUCUUAUAGGCUAAUACGACCGCUUUCCUUUUAUCCCCUCCCACCACGCACCACUUAAUGUUCCGAAUUCUUCUUUAAUAACCUAUCCAGCAAGACCAACGACCGUUUUCACAUGAUAUGAUGGAAUUUGCUGACUUUGAUGAUGACCUCUUUGAGGAGAAGCCAGCCCGGGACAUUGUGGCCAAGGAUUACCAAGCUCGGAUGUGUGAAGCAGGAUGGUUCAUGCAGGUGGAACCUGGCCAGCUAGUCUCCCAGGAAGAUGAACUGGGUGUUCAGAAGUUUUCAGCAGAAUAUCUCUUCUUAGGCAAGUCAUAUCAUGCUGCUAUAGCUAAAUAUGAAGACAUACUAAAGAUUUUGCCCGAGAGCAGUACUACCAUUAAAAGGGAAUGUCAAGAGAACUUGGCUAGGUGCCAUAUAAAGGCAGGCAGUCCAGACAAGGCAAUAGUGCAUGCAGAAAGGUUACAUUCAACAUCUAGGACUCCUGAUCAAUUUACUGUGAGUUAUUCUCUACUUCUGGAUGUGUACCUUGCAGUAGGCAAAUAUGACAAUGCACUGACAGCAGCCCAUAAUGUAGUAUCACUUCAUCCUGAUAACAGUCACUUAUGGAUGAAACUUGCUUUAACUUAUGCUUCUUUGAAAAAUAUCAUUCUUCCUAAUGUUAAAGUGUUGAUUUCUGCUCACCUUCCUGAAUCAAAAAAGACCACCCAUAGUAUUGAUUCACUCGCACUAUCAAAGCCACCUCAACUUUCAGAAAAUGUACCUGAAUACUCACACAAUUUUUGUAAGACUGAAGUGCCUGAGUUUUAUGAAGUUGAAGAAAAGAAAAAUACCAGAAGAGAUAUUAUGAUUGUAGCUGCAUGUCUUCAAAGGGCAUUUUAUAUCUUAGUCAAGACAGAAGGUACUGCUGUAGGCUUUGCUGUGACACAGACCAGAACACUUAAAGAAAAGUUAUUGGGUGACUUAGAGUUGUUGUUGGAUGAUUGUUCAUUGAAAGAACUGAGAAAAAAUGUGCAUCAGAAUGAUAAAGUGGAAAUAAACCUCUGCUCAUCAGAGUCAGCUUCAGUUCAGGAAAAUACAAAGAGUAGAACUGAUGAUGAAGAACAGGAAGUAAGUGUUUCUCAAGAAAGCUUUGAAGAAAAGUGGUUCGGGUGGAUACUAUAAGUUGUAUUGUUUGUUUCAAUUUCUAAAUAUAAUGAGAACAUAAAUUUA